AUGGAUCGAACAUUCAUAGUUGAGCCGCAGCUUGCUGAGUUCGACGUGCCUAUUCGUGACUUCUUUCAGUCAAAAUCCGAAUAUAAUGCCUUUAUAAUCGGUGCAUUUAUAUUUUCCCCAGCAAGAGACCCGAAUACAACAGUCAGUGACGAUGAAGUCAGACGCUCCACACGCGCCUUGUUGCUCCGGAGAGCCAUAACCGACUCCCUAGGCGGCCUGUGGGAAGGCCCAGGAGGCUCCUGCGACGACACCGACGCAACAGUACUCGACAGCGUGGCGCGAGAAGUCUAUGAGGAGACCGGACUGCAUGUCUCCCACAUACGGGAUCUCGUUGCCGUCGACCAGUGGGACCGAGUCAAGGACGGAGAGCACAUCAAGGCCAUCAAAUUCUCAUUCUGGGUCGACGUCCACGAAGCCCACCAAGCACCAGAGAACAGUCACUUCGCCCCGGACUGGGAGCAUCAGGUCAAGCUGGCCCCCGGCGAGCAUGAGCAGUACCGAUGGGUGACGGAGGCAGAGGUUCGCAGAUAUCUCGCCGGCCAGGAUGAGGCCGUCAAGUUCACGUUCCCAGCCACGGCAAAGAACUACCUGGAGGCCUUUGCUGUUUAUAACCGUGUAUGA